AUGGGGCUUGAUUGCUUGGCUAAGUUCGAGCUUUUGAUUAGCUCGUUGAUGGCUUUUGCUCUUCCGCAUUUUCUCAAUCCUGUUCCAAACGUGUUAUUUCUGACGCGAUCACAAAAGAUGACUAGGAGUCUGACUUCUAAUUGGAAUGGUAGUCGUUGUCUCUAUGAGACAAAUGGGACAUAUGCUUAUGGUAAUGUAAUUUGGCCUACAGAAACUACAGUGGAUGGUGAAAAUGUCCAAUCCAUAAAAAGGAUACACAAACCAUGGCUGCUGCCACUUACUCGAGAAUUGAAGAUCCCAAUUGCAAUAUUGAUACUUUAUCGUUUCCUCGUCUUCAUCCGCAUGGUUUGUCUUGGACUAUUUCUUGGUUGGAGAAUUAGACACAAAAAUGAGGAUGCAAUUUGGUUGUGGGGAAUAUCUACUGUUUGUGAGUUCUGGUUUACAUUCUCCUGGCUAUUAGAUCAGUUGCCAAAGUUGUGCCCUUUAGACCGUGCCACUGACCUUGUUGUAUUAAAGGAGAAGUUUGAGACUGCUACAUUUAACAAUCCCACUGGAAAAUCUGAUCUCCCAGGCAUCGAUGUGUUUGUUUCCACAUCCAAUACAAAGGAAAAACCUUCAUUUGUAAUAGCAAACACCAUACUUUCUAUCCUCGCUGCUGAUUACCCUGUUGAAAAACUAUCUUGUUAUGUUUCUGAUGAUGGGGGUUCACUUCUAACUUUUGAGUCGAUUGCUGAGGCUGUUAGUUUUGCCAAUAUUUGGGUUCCUUUCUGUCGUAAACAUGGUAUUGAGCCUAGAAAUCCAGAAAGUUACUUUAAUUUGAAGAGGUAUUCAUACAAGAACAGGGUACAUACAGAUUUUGUCAACGACCGGAGACGGGUAAAGAGAGAGUAUCAUGAAUUCAAGGUUCGGAUCAAUGGUUUGAGUAAGUUAAUUAGCCAGCGAUCUGAUUCAUACCAGCUGCGGGAAGAAAUCAAAACAAUGAAACAGCGAAUAGAGGUUGCUGGUGAUGAUCCAGUAAAACGAAUUUCUAAAGCUACAUGGAUGGCUAAUGGCACCCACUGGCCUGGAACUUGGAUAAACCCCUCUUCGGAGCAUACUGAGGACGAUCAUGCUGGAGUGAUUCAGAUAAUGUUAAAGCCUCCGAGUGACGAACCAUUAUUUGGCAAUAAUGAAGAGGAUACGCCUUUAGAUUUUACCAACAUUGAUACUCGUCUACCCUUGCUGGUCUAUGUUUCCCGUCAGAAGCACCCAGAUUAUCACCACAACGAAAAGGCUGGGGCUAUGAAUGCUCUUGUCCGUGCCUCUGCAAUUAUGUCUAAUGGUCCUUUUAUUCUCAGCUUGGACUAUGACCACUGUGUGUACAACUCACAGGCCCUUCGAGAAGGUAUGUGCUUCAUGAUGGAUCGUGGUGGUGAUCAGCUUUGCUAUGUUCAGUUUCCUCAGUGUUAUCGGGGCUGUUAUGCGAACGACAAUAAAAUCUUCUUUGAUGUCAACAUGAGAGCACUUGAUGGACUCCAAGGUCCAGUUUGUGUUGGUACUGGUUGCCUCUUCCGACGAAUUGCUCUUUAUGGCUUUGAUCCUCCUCGACCCAAAGACCAUCACAUAGGUUGCGAAAACCACUCCUCAGCCAGAACAUACGAGGAGACAAAAUUUGGAUACUUGUCCUUUCUCAUUGCUUCUAUUCCAGUUGUCGAGCUCCAAGGUCGGUCUCUUGCCGAUCAUCCUGCCGUUAAGUAUCGUCGUCAGCCUGGUAUUCUCACUUCUGCUCCAAGGGAACUUGUUGAUGCAUCCACUGUUGCUGAAGCUCUCAGUGUUAUUUCAUGCUGGUACGAAGACGAGACUGAGUGGGGUCAGCGUGUUGGAUGGAUUUAUGGGUCCGUGAUUGGAGAUACUGUUACUGGCUAUAGGAUGCAUAACAGAGGUUGGAAGUCUGUCUAUUGUGUAACCAAACCCGAUGCCUUCCGUGCGAUACCUCCAAGUAACUUAGCUGAACGGCUCCAUCAAAUGUUUCGAUGGGCAACAGGCUGUGUCGAGAUCUUCUUCUCCCGUAACAAUGCAUUACUUGCGAGUUCAAGAAUGAAGAUUCUUCAGAGGGUUGCAUACCUCAACGUCGGGAUCUACCCAUUCACCUCCAUCUUCCUCGUUGUUUAUUGCUUUUUACCAGCGAUCUCACUGUUCACAGGGCAGUUCAUUGUGCCAACCCUCAAUGUGACAUUCCUCACGUACCUUCUCCUCAUCACUCUCACACUCUGCCUGCUCUCAAUUCUCGAGACCAUGUGGUCCGGCAUCACGUUCGAAGAAUGGUGGCGAAAUGAGCAGUUCUGGCUGAUCGGAGGAACCAGUGCCCACUUCGGUGCUGUGCUCCAGAUGUUUCUGAAGUUGAUCGCCGGUAUUGUGAUCUCUUUCACUCCCACAUGGGAGUUAGAAGAUGACGAAGACGGUGAGUUUUCCGACACCUGUCUUAUGAUACUGCCCAUCACCAUCAUGAUGGCCAAUUUGAUUGCGAUUGCGGUCGGAAUUAGCCGCACCAUACACAACACUAUACCACAGUGGAGCAAGUUGUUGGGCGGUGUUUCCUUCAGCUUCUGGGUGUUGGCACACCUCUACCCUGUUGCAAAAGGACUCGUGGAACAGAGAAGGAGGUACUUGAUAAUGGUUUGGUCCGGUCUCCUUUCAAUUACUUUAUUGCUAUCUGUUUGGUCCUUCACUUUGGCUUGA